AUGGGUUUUGAAGGAGCUCGAGUCUUCAUCUUCCUGUUCCUCUGCUCCGCGGCGGCAGCAGCUAAUCCUGCACUCCUCAACUGUACGGACACCACCCGCCUGUGCACGUCCUUUCUAGCCUUCAAGCCCACUUCGAACCAAACCCUACCCGUGAUUCAGAGCAUGUUUGAUGUCUUGCAAAAGGACAUCACAGUUGAAGGCAACGGCAGAGAUUACAUUUUCGUGAAAAAGAACUGUUCUUGCGCCGUGGGCUUGAGAGCGUACUUGACGAACACGACCUUCACGGUGAGGACUGAUAAUGGGUCAGUUUAUGAUCUGGUGAUGGAUUCGUAUGAUGGGCUGGCCUAUUUCCCUUCGAAUUACACGAGGCCCGCUAGGCGAGGCUCGGUGGUGGCUCUGAAGCUCGUGUGUGGCUGCUCCAGUGGGCUUUGGAAUUAUCUGAUGAGCUAUGUGAUGCAGGAUGGGGAUAGUGUGGAGUCUUUGGCUAGUAGAUUUGGGGUUAGUAUGGAUAGUAUUGUGGCAGUUAACGGGCUUCCCGGCCCGGAUAAUGUGACUGUUGGGUCUCUGUAUUAUAUACCAUUGAAUUCUGUUCCUGGCAAGCCUUAUCCCAUAAGAAACGACACGCUCCCUGUUCCAGCUCCAGCGCCAUCUGCUGAUAACUUCGUGGCCAAUCACGUGGGCCACAAGACUCGCAUACCUUACUGGUGGAUCAUUGGAAGUCUUGCUGGCGGUUUAGCUGUUAUUUUUGUUUUGGUGCUUCUUUUUAUUUCUUUAAGGUCAUCCGGCUGCCUCAGACGAGCCCAAGAAAAUCAGUCAAAGAAUUCUGAUGGAAAAAUUUCGCACAAAUUCCAUAUUUUACGGAACACUAGCUUUUGCUGCGCCUCACGAAGGUCUAGGGAAUGGGACCACCCGAGGGGGGAAUCUAGUAACCGACACCUCCCGACAGUUAUCAGGACUGAUGUUUUUGACGUGGAAAAACCCGUGGUUUUCGCAUAUGAAGAUAUAUUAUCUGCAACAGAUGGGUUUUCUGAUUCUAAUCUUUUGGGGCAUGGAACCUACGGUUCCGUAUAUUAUGGCCUUCUUCAAGAGCAGGAAGUCGCCAUAAAGAAGAUGACAGCCACAAAAACUAAAGAGUUUAUGGCAGAGAUGAAAGUUCUCUGCAAAGUUCACCACACCAAUUUGGUAGAGUUGAUCGGUUAUGCAGCUAGUGGGGACGAACUAUUUCUCAUAUAUGAAUUUGCUCAAAAGGGCCCUCUCAGGAAUCACUUGCAUGAUCCCCAAAGCAAAGGUCAUACUUCGUUAUCAUGGAUAACGAGAGUUCAAAUAGCUCUAGAUGCUGCUAGAGGCCUUGAGUACAUACACGAGCACACUAAACCUCAUUAUGUGCAUCGUGAUAUUAAAACUAGCAAUAUUUUACUUGACGACAGCUUUAGAGGAAAGAUAUCGGAUUUUGGUUUAGCGAAACUCGUUUUGACGACUAAUGAUGGUGAAGAGUCAGUCACCAGAGUAGUCGGAACAUAUGGAUAUCUAGCUCCAGAAUACUUGAGAGAUGGCCUUGCAACAAUUAAAAGUGAUGUUUAUGCAUUUGGUGUGGUGCUUUUCGAGAUGAUAUCCGGGAAGGAGGCGAUGACGAGAACUGCCGAAAGACGCUCGUUGGUAUCAAUUAUGGUGGCAGCAUUAAGGAACUCGCCCGAUUUCAUGACCAUGACAAGCUUGAAAGAUCACAUUGAUCCUAGUUUGAUGGAUUUGUAUCCUCAUGACUGUCUUUUCAAGGUGGCUAUGUUGGCAAAGCAAUGUGUGGAUGAUGACCCGAUUUUGAGGCCCGACAUGAAACAGAUCGUGAUUUCACUUUCUCAGAUCCUUUUGUCAUCGGUCGAGUGGGAAGCUACUCUUGCUGGCAACAGCCAGAUUUUCAGUGGGCUCGUGCAAGGAAGAUAA